AUGAUGAGAGGAAAUCAAGAUCAACAAUCGAAGAUCAUCUACGAAUUAUCGUCUCUGGUUUUCAACCUUCUACAGUUUCCGCCGACGCCGGUAUCUUUUUCCGAUCGAGCUCCGAUCAUGCCGGUGCCGCCUUCGGUGUCGUCGUUGAGGCGUUCGAUGGCGGCGAGUCAGAUAACGCCUGCGGGGUUCGUUUCGUUGCUUUUGGGGAUUUCGAUGUCUCUGAUGUUGUGUGGUUCGGUUACGUUCGUGAUUGGGUUUAUGUUGUUGCCGUGGAUUCUUGGUUUGGUUUUGGUGUUUUAUGUUGUUGGUGUUGUUUCGGCUAUUUCUGUUUUUGGUCGGUCCAUUCUUUGCUUCGCUUCGCCGCGUAAGAGUUAUCCCGAGUGGAAAUUGUUAUGA